AUGCUAGUCUCAUCGAGUCAAUUAAACAAUGGGCAUAAUAACAAUUCAUUACUCCACCGAGCACAAAAACAACAACCAACUAAAACAUCUGCUUCACAAACGCUAUUAAAUAACAACAACAUUGCUAAUUUCACUAGCAAUAACAACAAUAACGAUUUAAUUAGUGGAGAAACAAAAUUUCGAAGUUCAAAUGGUGCUACAAAUAAUAUUAUGUCAAAUGCUGUUCCCUCUUCCUCCCUUUCCUCUUCCUCUUCUUCAAAUACUACAACCUCUUCUUCAUCAGCUCCAUCUUCUUCCUCCACUUCUGCUAAUUUUGAACCUGAAAGGCCUAUUGGUUAUGGUGCUUUUGGUGUUGUCUGGAGUGUUACUGACCCCAGAGAUCACCGAAGAGUUGCAUUAAAAAAAAUGCCUAAUGUUUUUCAAAACUUGGCCUCAUGCAAACGUGUCUUUCGAGAACUUUAUAUGUUAUCCUCAUUUCAACACGAUAAUGUGCUCUCCCUUUUGGAUAUUUUACAACCAACAAAUCCACACUUUUUCUCUGAAAUUUACAUAUUGACAGAAUUGAUGCAGUCAGAUUUGCAUAGAAUAAUUGUCUCUGCCCAACCUCUUUCUUCUGAUCAUGUCAAAGUUUUUGUAUAUCAAAUACUCCGUGGAUUAAAAUAUUUACAUUCUGCAAAUGUUUUACAUCGUGAUAUUAAACCUGGAAAUCUUCUGGUCAAUUCCAAUUGUAUGCUUAAAAUUUGUGAUUUUGGCCUAGCUCGAAUAUGGGAACGCAAAAAUUCUAUGAACAUGACACACGAACACCCGAACUGCUUAUGGGCUGUAGAAGAUGUCUGGUCUGUUGGGUGCAUUUUUGCAGAAUUAAUGAGUCGAAGAAUACUUUUUCAAGCACAAGGACCAAUAGAACAACUUAAUAUGAUUAUUGACUUAUUGGGAACACCAAAAAACGAAGAAAUGCGUGGUUGUUGUGACGGGGCUUUAAAACAUGUAUUAAAAUCGCCUCACCGUUCACCUUCCAUCCACCGCUUCUAUUCACUAAUUACACACCCACAAAAUCAAGAAAGUAUUCCUCUGCUUUUAGAAAUGCUUAAAUUUGAUCCUGAAAAAAGAAUAACUAUAGACAAUGCUUUGAAACACACAUUUUUGGAAGAUGGAAGAAUGCGUUUUCAUUCAUGUAUGUGUUCCUGUUGUCACUCAAUUACUUUUCAUGGAAGGAGAGAACGUGUCUUUUGCUUAGAACUUGAUCCUGUGCAUUCUAAUCCCUUUGAUGCCCAGUGGGAAAAGGAAAUGUCUUUAAAAUCGAUGUUCCAAUUUAGAGAAAUUCUUUAUGAUUAUAUUACAAAGCGUAAUCCCCUUUAUGGCAUUCCUCUUUGUAUAAAUACUAAUGCUGCCAGUUAUGGCGAAUUUGUAAGUUCAACAGUUGCCCAGCCAUCUGAACUGCCACCGAGUCCUAAUGCUUGGCAAUAA